ACUUAUCAGAAUCAGCACCAGAUCGAAAAAAAAUAUCCAACAAAACCAUGAAUUUCUGGAUUCCAGUCGACCAAUAUGGAUCCAUAUAUGCAUACGCUGCUUCCGGUUAAUUAGGGUUUUUAAAACUCAGACAUGGUGAUUACACGUAUCAUGCAUGCAGAAGAACACGUGUCCAGUUACUCAACCGUCAAGAACCUACGUGCGAUCUUUAUCCGUAUCUUUAAAAGCCAUGACAACCGACCGACGAUCGAUCUGUCUGGUUUUCUGGUGUCUGAAUCAAAAACCGUAAUUCAAGACCACGGGUGUGAGAUCGAGAGUGAGAUAUUUGAUUGAUUAAUGAUUAAGAUGAUGAUUAAGACGAUGAAAAUUGGGUUUCUUUUUCUGCUACUGACGUCCUCGGUGGUGGUUGCCGGAGCGAUGUGGUCGUCUUCUCCACGUCAUCACCAUCGUCACCAAGUGGCUGUAAAAGAACCUCAUAGAGUGGUGGUUAUUGAAUUCCGAGAACGUCGUCAAGGGAACACCAAAGUGUUGAUUUCACAGCACGACGAUUCCGGUGCCGCCGUUGGUGGUGGUGAUCGUGGGAGGCGGCCGGUGGUGGAAGAUGGUGGGUUCACUACGGGUCUGAAAGAGCUUUUCAGCAAGUGCAUAGAUAAGCUCGCGACCGUAUUCAAGAAGUUGAAAACCGUGGUUUCGGGUAAAGCCAACGAACUGAAAGAACAUGCUAAAGAAGCCAUGGAUGAAGCAGUGGAGAAAGUCGGCGAUCCCACCGGAAAACUAUCCGAAAAGCUAUCCGACGGAGUUAAAUCGGUCGGAGAAACGGUCAAGAACGUCGCGGGCAAUGAAUUAUCAGAAACACUAUCCCACGGAGUUACGUCGGUCGGAGAAAAAUCCAAAGAAGUCGCCGGACAUGCAAAAGAAGCCGUAGGCGAAGCACUGGGAUCCCGAAUCGGCGGUGCACUCAAAGACUCCGUCGUCAAAUUGGAAGACUGGGAUGUCAUCGAUUCACCAAAACGAAUCGGAGAAGAUAUAGAACGAAACGUUAGCCAAAAAAUCGAACAAGGGACCGAAGAAUUGAAAGAAACGAGUCUAAACGAGCUUCUACGGGGGUCGAAAAACCUCUUUUUCUUGAUGUUUCCAUUGGAGAAGAUCAAAGCAGUGAUCAGUUGGUGUCAUUUGUUGGGGUUUUCGACGGCAUAUGGGAUGGGGGUGUGGUUUACGUUCGUUUCGAGCUGCGUUUUGGGGAAGUGUUUGCCGAAACGAGAGUUCGGGAUGGUGGUGAACAAGAUGUAUAGGGUGUAUUUUAGGGCAAUGGCUUAUUGUGUUGGUGGAGGUCUGAUUGGGUAUCUGGUUAGCCAAGGAAGGAAAGGGAUUGCUGUUUGGAAUAAGAUGGAGAUGUUUCAGGGAUUCAAUCUUCUAUCAGCACUUUUUAUGAUCUUGAUCAACCUCAUCUUCUUGGAGCCUAGAGCAACUAAGUUGAUGGUGGAGAGAAAUAAGAUAAAGGAGAAAGAUAGAAAAAGGGUAAGAGAGAAAGAAGAGAUGCUAAAGAAGUUGAAUAUAUACUCGUCGACACUGAACGUGUCGACAUUAGUGGUGCUGACAUGGCAUAUGGCCUACAUAGGCCAGCUGCUUCAUGCUAGAUAUGACUAGCUGAUCUGCACCCACCAGACUAGGUUGCUAAUACCCACCAAUCGUUGGUGGGUCUAAGCUUGGAACACGUAGAUGACUAAACGUGGGUUCAUGGUCUCUGGUCAUCAACUUCGUUUCUUUUUGUUUUGCACUGCAAGAUAUAGCAGUCGGUGUGCUUUGUUAUAGUUGUCGAUUAGUAUUUUGUUGAGUGAUUAUGUAAGAUUCCGCAUCCCAUUUGGUUUCUUAAUGGAAUACGUUGGAAUACAUCAUCUCCUUGGUACAUUUAGAAA